UAUUGCAUAAAUUGAAAACCCAGUCCUUCCGAAUACCAAAAACCCCACACCAAAUCAUUCUCAAAAUCAUGAAUUCGAUUGAAUCCUUCUUCACCUCCUUAGAAUCACUGCUGAAUCAGGCGUCGUCCAUGGCGGUGGUGCUCCUCCUUAGAGCGGCGUGGAUUUCAUGCACCCUGCCACUUCUCGCAGCCUUCAUUCCUUCUCCCCAAUUCAGCGCAUUUCGCCGCUUCCUGCUUCUCCUCGCCGGCCGCGGCAAGAUUAUGGACUCUUCCUCAACUAGAUUCAGUGUUCCCCAGAGAUAUUUUUGUCACUUUUACAUUGUUGGUUUUAUAUGGACUACUUUUCUGCUUGUGCCCACUUGGAUCUACGCAUACAAAACGGCUCCAGUAGUUUCGGAGUCAUCCCUGUAUUCGGUUAUUGCUAGCCACUUGACUGGAGUUUCGCAAGAGUUUUCCUUUCGCAACUCGCAUUCGUCAAUGGGAGAGUCCAAAUAUGGGAUAUGGAACUCUGUGUUUCUGCUUUUGUUGAUGGAAGCUCAAGUCUUGCGCCGCCUUAUAGAGAGUAUAUACGUAUUCAAGUAUAGUCCCUCUGCGAGCAUGCAUAUUGCUGGCUACCUCACCGGCCUUUUUUUUUAUACGGCAGCUCCACUAUCGCUCUGCUGCACAUACUCUGUGGAGGUAUUCAAACUUGUGGCAAAUUUGCUUGCAGAGUUUAUUGUUAAAGGCAAAGAUAGAAUGCAAGUUACAGAACCUAGUUUCCGGGAGUAUGUGUAUCCUCUUUUGCAACUCAAAUGGUAUGCAUGGAUUGGUGCUGCUUUUUUCUUCUGGGGUUGGAUUCAUCAGUACCGUUGCCAUGCCAUUCUUGGCUCGAUAAGGGAAAAUGGUAAUAAGGUCAAUGAGUAUGCAAUUCCUGAGGGUGGUUGGUUUGAAUACGUUUCUUCCCCACAUUAUCUUGCAGAAUCUGUUAUAUAUGGCGGGCUGGUGAUUGCAAGCGGCUUUUCUGAUAUUACAAUCUGGUUGGUCUUUGUUUUUACGGUGGCAAAUCUCUCCCUUGCUGCUGGCGAAACUCAUAGAUGGUAUGUCCGUAAAUUUGACAAAUAUCCUAGAAACCGUUGUGCUAUCAUCCCUUUCAUUUACUGAUGUGAUUAUCAAUAUAUUCUACCUGUAUACAUGAUAUCCUCGAAUCUUGUUUGUCGAAAUAUAUGGAAAUGCAUACGAUUGAGGCCAACA